UGAAUGUUUGUGACGGGGAAAAUGAGCAGGACCGCCUGAAAGUGCACUAAAUUUAGUCUGCUUCUCUUGUACCUAACCACUGCCUGCUUAGUUACUUCUGCCUGCGCAAUUUUACUUUUUAUUUAUUGCUUUGUAAUUUUAAAGCAGGAGAACCGGAACCGCGUAGGGCUGCAGAAAACCUUUUAUUUGGGGGAAAAUAAUGUUGACAGGAGUCGCAGCAUCGACCCUCCCGUUUGCUUUUACUCCGGGCUGCUGAACUUUCCGAACAGCUUCAGCUGUAUUUCCCUCCUUCCCUAUCAGACAGCUGAGGUGUUGUUUGGGGGAAGCUUCAACCGGGUGUGAGAAGGACUUUAUAGGCUGUUCUCCAAUGAACAAGGACGCCGAAAAAUAGCUGACACGACCUCAAAACACUUGGUUUUACCUGCAAACAGGUGAGGUACCAGCUCUGAUGGUAGCAGGGAGAACACCUCACCUGUGAGAGGAUCCAAGAACCUCACCAUGACAGAGGUCCAGAGUCCGUGGCCGCAGGGCACAGAGUGCGUGGCGAGGUACAACUUCAAAGGCACAUCAGAGCAGGACCUGCCGUUCAACAAAGGAGACGUGUUGUCCAUCAUCAUGGUCACAAAAGAUCCAAACUGGUACCAAGCUAAAAACGCUGCGGGCCAAGAGGGAACGAUCCCAGCAAACUACGUCCAGAAAAGAGAAGGAGUGAAAUCCGGAGGCAAGCUGAGUCUAAUGCCAUGGUUCCACGGGAAGAUAACUCGAGACCAGGCCGAGCGGCUGCUUGACCCACCUGAGACGGGCCUGUUCUUGGUGCGCGAGAGCACCAACUUCCCCGGCGACUACACUCUGUGUGUGAGCUGCGACGGGAAGGUGGAGCACUACCGCAUCAUCUACAAAAACGGAAAGCUCACUAUUGACGAGGAAGCCUACUUUGAGAACCUCAUGCAGCUGGUUGAGCACUACACCAAAGAUCCAGACGGUUUGUGCACCAAACUCAUAAAACCAAAGCUGGAGGAGGGAACCGUGGCGGCGCAGGAUGAGUUCUCCAGGAGUGGAUGGUCGAUGAACAGAAAAGACUUGAAGCUUCAUCAGGUUAUUGGAAAAGGAGAAUUUGGAGAUGUCAUGGUGGGAGGCUAUAGAGGGACGAAAGUAGCUGUGAAGUGCAUAAAAAACGAUGCUACGGCUCAGGCUUUUAUUGCAGAAGCCUCUGUCAUGACGCAACUACGGCACAAUAAUCUGGUACAGCUGCUUGGUGUGAUUGUAGAAGAGAAUGGGAGUCUUUUUAUAGUUACUGAAUAUAUGGCCAAGGGCUGUUUAGUAGACUACCUACGGUCCAGAGGUCGAACAGUACUUGGUGGAGAAGCUCUCCUUAAUUUUGCUUUAGACGUCUGUGAAGCCAUGGCUUACCUGGAGGCCAACAACUUCGUGCACCGAGAUCUAGCAGCCAGAAACGUUCUCGUGUCGGAGGACAACAUCGCCAAAGUCAGCGACUUUGGUUUGACCAAAGAGGCGUCGUCCACUCAGGAUACGGCCAAGUUGCCUGUUAAAUGGACGGCACCAGAAGCCCUCAGAGAAAAGAAAUUUUCCACUAAGUCAGACGUAUGGAGCUACGGUAUUUUACUUUGGGAGAUUUACUCUUUUGGCCGAGUCCCCUAUCCAAGAAUUCCGUUAAAAGAAGUUGUGCCGCGAGUGGAGAAGGGCUACAAAAUGGACUGUCCUGACGGCUGUCCCGAAGUCGUGUAUAACAUCAUGAAGCAGUGCUGGAACCUGGAUCCCGCAGCGCGGCCCAGCUUCCAGAUGCUGAAGGAGUGGCUACAACAUAUUAUUCAGAAAAAAUGAUCGCCCGCUGUCCGUUUGGACUCCUCAAAGCAAGGACUGCUACUCUGUUAAAAUGUCAAAGCGUUUUCUUUUCAUUUCACUGUAAAGUACAACUGUCCACAAUGCAAAAGCGCAAAAUCUUACCAAGCAUUUCCAGUCUAGUUUUUAGUGCAAAUACCUUCGUACAGGUGAAAUAAGGCAAGCGAAUUUAAAGGUAACUUAUUUAGCAACAUGUAGAGCAGGGGUGUCAAACUCAGUUUAGUUUUGGUCCAAAUCAAGAUGAAUGCUUUUAAAGGGCCGGUUGUGCCAGAAUUUAUUGCUAAAA